AUGAAUUAUUUGCGUCGGCGCCUCUCGGACAGCACGUUUAUCUCCAACCUGCCCAAUGGCUACAUGACAGACCUCCAGAGGCCUGACCCUGCCCAGCCUCCUCCACCUGCCUCCACCACCCCUGCCAAGUCUCCUACAGCUGGGCCAACACCUCCAACCACUUCCCCUGCUCCAGAGAGGAAACCCCAGCCAGCUCAGUCCACCGGCGCUGGUUUCUUUAGCUCCAUCACCAACGUUGUUAAGCAGACAGCUGCCUCAGCAGGGCUAGUGGAGCAGACCCAAGUCACGACACCUAAGAAGUUUAAGAUUCUCCUGGUCAUCGACGAACCACAACAGGAGUGGGCAAAAUUAUUCCGUGGGAAGAAAGUAUUUGGGGAUUAUGACAUCAAAGUGGAGCAGGCUGAAUUCAAUGAGAUCAAUGUCGUGGCUCAUGCCAACGGGACCUGCAAUGUUAACAUGCAGGUUCUGAGGAAUGGCACCAAGGUUGUCAGGUCAUUCAAGCCAGACUUUGUCCUCAUUCGUCAACAUGCCUUCAGUAUGACCCAGAAUGAAGAUUUUCGCAACCUGAUCAUUGGUCUACAAUAUGGAGGUGUCCCAAGCAUCAACUCCCUUGAGUCAAUCUACAACCUGUGUGACAAGCCCUGGGCGUUUGCUCAACUUAUAAACACCUACAGGAAACUUGGUGCUGAGAAGUUCCCUCUGAUUGAGCAGACCUUUUACCCAAACUACAAGGAGAUGGUAAGCAUGCCAUCAUUCCCUGUUGUUGUGAAGAUUGGACAUGCCCACUCUGGUAUUGGAAAGGUGAAGGUGGACAAUCACAGUAAGUUCCAGGACAUAGCCAGUGUCGUGGCUCUCACCCAGACGUACACCACCACAGAACCUCUCAUUGACUCCAAGUACGACAUCCGAAUCCAGAAGAUUGGCACUGACUACAAAGCCUACAUGAGAACAUCUAUUUCUGGUAACUGGAAAACUAACACAGGCUCAGCUAUGCUUGAACAGGUGGCCAUGACUGACAGGUACAAGGUGUGGGUUGACACUUGCUCAGAGAUUUUUGGGGGUCUGGACAUUUGUGCGGUCAAAGCCAUCCAUGGAAAAGAUGGCAGAGAUUAUAUCACAGAGGUGGCGGGCUCUUCCAUGCCCCUGGUAGGGGAGCACCAAGCUGAGGACAGGCAGCUCAUUGCUGACAUGGUGCUGGCAAGAAUGAACCAGUUAGCAGAGAAGGAAGCUAAUGCUCCCCAAAGACCCACCACUAUACAGCCAUCCCAGGGAGCUGGCCAGAAGGGAGAGAUUGUUGGAGAACCCACCAAGAACGGUGCUGGGCGCCCACCUCAAGGUUGUCUGCAGUACAUUCUCGACUGUAAUGGCGUUGCAGUGGGUCCAAAACCAGUCCAGGCCAACUGA